GUCUCCAUUAUGCUGAAGGUGACUCUCGUUGCCGUGUAUGCGUUGGUGAUAACUGUGGAAAGUCACGUACCUGCCGACAGCGUGAUGUACGACUUUCCAGUUGGAUAUGGCGCAGGAUAUUCCAGAGGAUUUGGCUAUGGCGGUGGAUUUGGAUAUGGCAUUAAACCUGGCUAUAUUGGCGGACUUGGCAUUGGUAUAGGCGCAGGUUACGGUAUAGGCGCUGGCUAUGGUAUAGGCGCUGGCUAUGGUAUAGGUGCUGGGUAUGGCAUGAAGUCUGGAUAUGGUGGUGGAAUCGGAUAUGGCAUCAUGCCCGGCUUUAGCACAGUAUCUCGCUUCGGCGGCGGAGUAUGGGGUGGUGGUGGUGGAUUUAAAGGUGGAGUUGGAUAUAAAGGUGCUCGUGGCUAUGGCUAUGGCUUUGGUGGUAAACCUGGCUAUGGCAUUGGGUCUGGCUUUGGUGGUAAACCUGGCUAUGGCAUUGGAUCUGGCUAUGGUAUUGGACCUGGCUUUGGUGGUAAACCUGGCUAUGGCAUUGGAUCGGGCUAUGGUAUUGGACCUGGCUUUGGUGGUAAACCUGGCUAUGGCAUUGGAUCGGGCUAUGGUAUUGGACCUGGCUUUGGUGGUAAAGCUGGCUAUGGUAUUGGACCUGGCUAUGGUAUUGGACCUGGCUUUGGUGGUAAAGCUGGCUAUGGCAUUGGCGGAGUGUGGGGUGGUGGGGCUGGAUUUAAAGGUGGCGUUGGAUAUAAAGGUGCUCCUGGCUAUGGCAUUGGAUCUGGCUAUGGUAUUGGACCUGGCUUUGGUGGUAAAGCUGGCUAUGGUAUUGGACCUGGCUAUGGUAUUGGACCUGGCUAUGGUAUUGGACCUGGCUUUGGUGGUAAAGCUGGCUAUGGCAUUGGCGGAGUGUGGGGUGGUGGGGCUGGAUUUAAAGGUGAAGUUGGAUAUAAAGGUGUUCCGGGCUAUGGCAUUGGAUCUGGCUAUGGUAUUGGACCUGGCUUUGGCGGUAAAGCUGGCUAUGGCAUUGGCGGAGUGUGGGGUGGUGGGGCUGGAUUUAAAGGUGGCGUUGGAUACAAAGGUGCUCCUGGCUAUGGCAUUGGAUCUGGCUAUGGUAUUGGACCUGGCUAUGGUAUUGGACCUGGCUUUGGCGGUAAAGCUGGCUAUGGCAUUGGCGGAGUGUGGGGUGGUGGUGCUGGAUUUAAAGGUGGCGUUGGAUAUAAAGGUGUUCCUGGCUAUGGCAUUGGAUCUGGCUAUGGCUUUGGUGGUAAACCUGGCUAUGGCAUUGGGCAUGGAUAUGGGGGUAAACCUGGCUAUGGCAUUGGGCCUGGAUAUGGGGGUAAACCUGGCUAUGGCAUUGGGCCUGGAUAUGGGGGUAAACCUGGCUAUGGCUUUGGUGGUAAACCUGGCUAUGGCAUUGGACCUGGCAUUGGCGGAGUGUGGGGUGGUGGUGCUGGAUUUAAAAGUGGAGUUGGAUAUAAAGGUGCUACUGGCUAUGGCAUUGGACGUGGUUAUGGGGGUAAACCUGGCUAUGGCAUUAGACAUGCUUAUGGGGGUAAACCUGGCUAUGGCAUUGGACCUGGCAUUGGUGGUAUACCUGGCUACGGUAUUGGACCUGGCAUUGGUGGUAAACCUGGCUACGGUAUUGGACCUGGCAUUGGUGGUAAACCUGGCUACGGCAUUGCACCUGGCUAUGGUAUGGGUACUGGCUAUGGCCUUAGACCUGGCUAUGUUGUCAAACCGGGCUAUGGCAAAGGUGUGUGGGGUGGUGGCAAAAAAUACACAGGCGCGUACAACAAGGUGGGGGUAUACGGUAAAAGAACCUUCAAGAAGACCACUUACAAACUGGGCUCGUUCGGAAGGGGGACUCGUGGCGGUUAUAAUCAUCCGGUUGGAGUGUACAGCAACCCGGGAUAUGGCUAUGUCCAAGUCGCACCCCCCAAAGUUGGAAUCUAUCGCCAAGGCGCGUAUAAACAAGGCACUUAUAACCAAGGCACAUACACAACAGGCACUUACAAUCAAGGUACAUACAAACAAGGCACUUACGGCAAAGGACCCUAUGCGGUUGGCGGUUACGGAAAAACAGUCGGCGGUUACGGAAAAACAGUCGGCGGUUACGGAACACCAGUCGGUGGUUACAGAACACCAGUCGGCGGUUACGGAACACCAGUCGGCGGUUACGGAACACCAGUCGGCGGUUACGGAACACCAGUCGGUUACGUGCAACCUCAGAUCGGAGGUUAUGUCAACCCAGGAUAUGCUUAUACCAACGUCAACAACAAAAUUGGCUAAACGCCUCAUCUACCAUGACGUGGGUUCACGGCGACGGGGAUGUUGACGUUGUCGGAAAGAACACGUCAACACCAACACAACGACCAGGAAUCCAUUUUGCGGACAUUCGGGGAACUAUUUGUAUUGUAACUGUUGUACACCAGUGCGGGUUAAGAAGUGUUUAUUAUAUGUAUUACACUCCACACUCUAUGACUAACUGAACACAAGCGGCUCCGGUUAUACUGUUAUAGAUAGUAAUUAUACUAAGAAAGCUGUGUUUCCACUAUUAAUAUUUUAUCUUAGGUUGUUCUCAAGGGAAAAUGUAAACAGUGAUUCUUGUUCGGUAAACCACGAUACUGUGUCACAACUACGCGUUAUUUUCUAUCUUGAUUAGUCGUG